AUGGGUGAUCCGCAUGAUUGCGUCGACCAACUGUUGGUCACGGGCGACAAGACUGGUAUCACUCUCGACCACGGCUUCCUGGGCAACUGCUCUUCGAUUGCCUCUUACGAGAGACUUGACGCCAUUGGCGAAGGUGCCUACGGCAUCGUCUCUCGCGCCCGCCAUAGGCGCGAUGGCUCUGUCGUCGCCCUGAAGCAAGUCCGCAUCCUUGAACACGAGCGCAGCAACGGUAUCCCGCUUACGGCGCUACGCGAAAUAUCGAUCCUUCGUACCCUGCGCCACCAGAAUAUAAUCAGUGUCCUCGAAGUCGCUGUGGACGACACCUUGUUGGAAGAUGUGUACAUGGUCAUGGAAUACUGCGAGCAGGAUUUGGCAAGCCUCCUCGAUGUGCACAAAGUCCACUUCAGCUUGGCUCAAGUAAAGUGUCUUACCCGCCAACUGCUCGAAGGCCUCGAGUAUCUCCACAGGAAAGACAUAAUCCACAGAGACAUCAAGAUGGAUAACGUGCUUCUCACUGCCAAUGGCUUGCUGAAAAUAGCGGACUUUGGCAUGGCACGCGAGUGGGCGCCGAGGCCCCUCACACCUGGUGUCGUCACAGUCUGGUACCGUGCCCCGGAGCUCCUCCUAGGGUGUUGUCGCUAUACGCGCUCGGUUGAUAUCUGGUCAGCCGGCUUAUUCGUCGGGGAGCUACUGAUUCAGAUGCCGGUUCUCGACGGCAACGACGAUCUGGAGCAGCUCUCUCAAAUUGUGAAGCUCUUGGGUAGCCCCACGCCUGGAGAUGUCAAGGCUUUGUCUUCAAUGGGCUGUCCAGAUUUGAUCAAAUGGCAGCGGGACUCGAUGCCUCAUGGGCGCGUUGAUAACCUUGAGCGAUGGUUCCUCUCAAGAUCCACCAAAGGAACAGUGAGAUUUCUUAGCGGCCUUCUGAGAUGGGACCCGAAGACACGAUGGACCGCAAGCGAAGCUUUGGGAAAGUCGAAGAGUAAGUUCGCGGCAGCCGCUGAGGAUUGGUGGCGCGAAAGUCCGAGGGCAGCACCGAAGGAACAGCUGCCCACGUUCCCUACUGCGGAAAACCAAAAAGAAAAGUCCGGGCCACAGAAGGAUCCAAAACAAACAACGGUUCCCGGAAAGAGGCAGAAAUCACCAGAGACCGGAUCGGCAGAUCUUGGCGGGUUCGUGUUUGAUUUCGGAGACGCCGAGCCGGCUACCAAGCUCCCGCCAAGGAAGCGAAAAAGAUAG